AUGCGUGCGGCCGGGGAAAGCGCCUCUCACACCUCAGCAACAGGUGAUUCGUCGCCUGUUGUCGUCAAUCGUCCACUUGGUGAGUCACCACGAGCGACAGGUACAUCCGCUGCGUCUGCAGCUGCUACUUCGAGUCUCAAUCAUGACGAGUGUGAAAUAGAGCUCAUCUAUUCUGGCGAGUCGGAUGAUGCAUCCGACUCGAAGGCGACACCACACGUCUCCAGAUCACCCGGGGCGGACACUGCAAGAGCCAGGUUGUCUAGCUCUGGAAAGCGUGAUGUCAUUAUGCUCGAGAUCUUCUGA